AUGGCUGGCACAUCAUCCGCGAAAAAAGGCGGCAACACUGGCGACCGCGCUCCAUCGCUGAGUCAACCAGCUCACUGCCUACCUGCUACAGAAGUUCUCGCUCAACUUCAAUCUGAUCCCGUAACUGGACUUGGAGACGAUGACGUAUCUAAGAAACAAGGGAUAUAUGGCAGUAAUGCUCUGGAAGGUAGCGGCGGGUCAGGCCCCAUCCGGAUUCUCAUGAACCAGGUGCUCAAUGCACUUACAAUGGUUUUAAUUAUGGCCAUGGUUGCCAGCUUUGCAAUCAAGUCUUGGAUUGAGGGAGGUGUUAUCGCGUUUGUUGUUCUCCUCAAUGUCGUGGUUGGGUUCCUUCAGGAGUAUUCCGCCGAGAAGACUCUAGAAAGUAUCCGCACUCUGGGCUCACCCACUGCACAAGUCAUCCGCAUGGGAUCCAGCAAGGUUAUCCCCACAUCGCAACUUGUCCCUGGUGACAUUGUCGAGAUCGUCACUGGAAACACCGUGCCCGCCGAUAUACGCUUGAUCGAAUCUAUCAAUCUGGAAACAGACGAGGCAUUGCUGACCGGCGAGUCGUUGCCCGUUGCAAAGAAUGCAAAUUCCAUCUUUGAUGCAGACACUGGUGCGGGCGAUCGUCUCAAUGUGGCCUAUAGUUCAAGUACAGUCACAAAAGGCCGGGCCAGAGCGGUAGUAUUCUCCACUGUGCGUCCAGCAAUUUACUUCAGAGACCAUCUCAUAUAUACUGACACCGUUUCCCAGGGAAUGGAAACAGAAAUUGGCAAGAUAGCGGCUGCGCUUCGUCAUAAAGAUUCUGUCAUCCAACCAGUCAAGCGUCGAGCAGACGGCUCGGCCGGUCCCAUUCAAUACCUCCAAGCGUGGAUUCUAACUGCAUGGACAUUGCUUGGUAACUUCCUCGGCACCAAUGUAGGCACGCCAUUGCAGAGGAAGCUGUCCAAGCUGGCAAUCCUGCUGUUUGGCAUUGCCUGCCUCUGUGCAUUUAUCGUUGAAGCAGCAAACCAGUUCAGCCCUGCGAACGAGGUCGUAAUUUACGGUGUGGCAACGGGACUGAGUAUGAUACCUGCGAGUUUGAUCGUCGUCCUGACAAUCACCAUGGCUGUCGGCACAAAAUACAUGAGCAAGAGGAAUGUGAUUGUUCGCAAGUUGGACAGUUUAGAAGCCUUGGGCGCUGUCACCAAUAUCUGCUCUGACAAGACUGGAACUCUUACACAAGGCCGUAUGGUUGCCAAGGCAGCGUGGGUCGCCGGAAGAGGCACAUUGGUUCUUGAAACCCCCAAGGACCCAUACGACCCUACGAUGGGUGCCAUCACUUAUCACAAUGGCACACCGGAGUCGAGCCACGAUGUCUCGGAAAAAGACCAACGGAUCUUGAAUGCUGACGAGCUGUCGUCCGGGCGUGCGACGAAGGAGCACGUCAGCAUCGAAAACUUCAUGAACGUGGUGUCGAUGGCUAACACCGCGCAAGUGGAGCGGUCUGCGCAAGGCAGUUGGUCCGUCAAGGGCGAUCCUACAGAGAUUGCCUUGCAGGUCUUCGCUUCACGUUUCAACUGGAACAGGAAGAGGCUCGUGGACGAGACAAAUGAGUGGUCGUUGGUUGCGGAAUAUCCUUUUGACUCAGAUGUCAAGCGCAUGUCAGUCAUUUACAGUAAGGAGACCGAAGUUGGAAAGGAAGAAUCUUGGGUAUUCUCCAAGGGAGCGGUUGAGCGCUUGCUUCCCCUCUGCACCCAUAUCCAAGGUGGCGACCGCGAUGCUAUUACCGAACUUGGGCCGGAGUGGAAUGCGUGCAUCAUGAAGAACGUCGAUUACCUGGCCAAUCAAGGCCUUCGGGUCUUGUGCCUGGCCAGUGUGCUUCGGAUUGGCCACCAGAAGGGUGAUAACGUGGCAGCACCCAAGCGCGAGGACGUCGAGCAGGGUCUGACCUUCCGGGGCCUCGUUGGUAUCUACGACCCUCCGCGCCCAGAGUCUGCCGGCGCCGUAGCUGCUUGCAAGAAGGCACAUAUCACGGUACACAUGCUGACGGGCGACCACCCCGGGACCGCGGCGGCGAUCGCGAAGCAAGUCGGCAUUAUUCCCUUCAACCCACAGCCAUCCUCGGUCAUGACGGCCUCCCAGUUCGACAAGCUCUCCGACGACCAGGUGGAUGCCUUGACGAGUCUUCCUCGCGUCAUCGCACGAUGUACGCCUCAGACCAAGGUCAGGAUGAUUGAUGCCCUACACCGCAGGAAAAGGUUUGCCGCCAUGACCGGCGACGGCGGCCAAGCUGGCAGUGAUGUUGCCAAAGACGCAGCCGACAUUAUUCUUACCGAUGACAAUUUUGCCUCGAUCCUGAAUGCUGUCGAGGAGGGUCGGAGGCUAUUCGAUAAUAUUAAGAGAUUCGUGCUUCACGUUCUUGCUGAGAACAUUGCACAGGCUACAACUCUGCUUGUGGGUCUUGCUUUUAAAGACGUUAACGGCAAUUCGGUGUUCCCAUUGGCACCUGUACAAAUUCUGUGGGUUAUCAUGGCGACGUCUGGCAUGCCCGACAUGGGACUAGGAAUGGAGGUAGCUGUGCCAGAUAUUAUGAGUCGUCCGCCCCAUGAUUUGAAGACCGGGGUCUUCACGACUGAGCUUAUCGUGGACAUGAUCGUGUACGGCAUCUGGAUGUCAAUUCUUUGCCUUGCAUCUUUUGUCCUAGUCGUCUUCGGCUUCGGAGAUGGCAAUCUUGGCAUCAAUUGUAACAACGAGUACUCCGAUUCAUGUACUCUUGUCUUCCGAGCCCGUGCCACAACAUUUGUCUGCCUGACUUGGUUCGCACUUUUCCUCGCCUGGGAGAUGGUCAACUUCAGACGGUCUUUUUUCCGACAAGUGCCCAAGUCGAUGCACCCGAGCGGGAAUUAUCGAUGGUAUCACGUCUUCUACCAAUGGUGGAAUGAUAGCCGACAGAACCCCUUCCUGUUUUGGGCUAUUGUUGCAGGCUUUGUCACCAUCUUCCCGACACUUUACAUCCCCGUGAUCAAUCACGUCGUGUUCAAACACGAGGGAAUCACGUGGGAAUGGGCCAUAGUGGUGGUCGAGAGUAUUCUAUUCUUUGCUGGAUGUGAAGGAUGGAAGUGGCUGAAGAGGGCGUAUUUCAGGCGGCAGGACAGAAGAAAAUCCGUCGCAGGGGAUCUCGAAGAGGAAGCGGCUAGUGACUCUGACAGUGACAUAAACCGUUCUGUUCAUAGUAGCAACAGGGAGAAGGGCGCCGCUAGUGGCGGUUUGAUCGCAGUUGGUUGA